AUGGCAGCUGUCGCAGCCCGUGAGGCCAGCGUCGAAGCCCUGACCAAGGCGCCAAAGGCUCAGGUACCGAAAUCACAGGCACCCAAGACCUUGAAGAUCAGCAAGGCCCGUGGCAAAUCGACUGCUACCAAGUCAGCUGGUCUGAAUGUGUCCGAGGCAAAGUCUCCUUCCAGCUCGUCUAUUCCGCUUCUCUGCGUCAUCUGUCCUACCAACCCGCACUUCUCGGACGUCUCUCACCUUCUUACACAUCUCAACUCGAAGGGCCACCUCCAGACCUUCAACGAUGUCAGGAUCCGCGCUAUCGCUGACCUUUCUGCCGCCCACGCCAUAUCCACGUAUGAAAGGUGGUAUAACGAGCAUGGCCUCGAGGCCAUGCUCGCGGAGCGUCUAAAAGUCAAGGAUGAAAGAUCGAAGGGCAUCCCGGCAGGCAAGCGAUCUGGACAGCCAGUACCUCAAACUCUCAAGAAGAAGAAGAAACUACCCCACCUUGUCAAGCGCGAGCUCGGCAGUGACGCCUCCUGGACACCUCCCCCGACUGGUGGACUCUUUGAGCAGCAGGCCAUCACAUUCUACGGAGAACAGAACAACAGCCCCGUCUCGACUCCAACCGAAGAUGUCAUUGACUGGACUCCAGAUGAGCUUGAGUCAGCAAGACUGAAGGGAAUCGUCUGGCCGGGUAUGGGCAUCUUUGAUGCUGCAACCCCUGACCAGAAAAAGAAGAGAAACCAGCGCAAGGAUGCCUCUGUGCUUCAACAGAUGGAGCUAUCUUCUCAGGCAAUCACUACCACCGAAUUGGUGGCGAAUCUCGAUAUGGAAAUCGCGAGAACCCGCGAUGUCUAUGACGCACCGUCAGUGGAGGGAACUCCGAUCGCCAAGUCGAAGCGCCGCCAGAAGCGCAGCCGUAACGUUGAGGAGGAGGAAGACGAUGAAGCUUCUGAACUCCUCGUCAAGUCAGAGCCUAUGGAGAAGCUUGCUCCACAGGCAUCUCGUACUACAACUGCGCGACACAAGAACCGCGACGUCAAGAAGGAGCUGGCGCCUGAAAUGGAUAACGAGGGUCUAUCGGAGAAGUUGGAUGCCGCGAGUGAUGCCGCUAGCCUCGCUGAAGUCGACGUUGAGCUCGAUGAAGAUCUUGAUGAUUCUCCGUUCGGAACCGGAUCGUCCUUGAACAACCUGAACCCCCGCCAGUUCGCCAAUCAUGAAGAACAUGACGUCUUCCGUGAUGCCAAUCGUGGACUCGUUACCUUUCUCUCAGGAGAUGAUGGAUGA